GGAUGCGUGUUAAAUCGAUCUGAUUAAACCUGUAUACGUGCAAAACUUGCUGCAGAUUUUGUUUUCGAACUGUUGGCAAGAAAGCUCAAAGCGGCUUUCAAUCUCAUAAUUUGAUUCAAUUUUCGACCUGGGCGGCAAACACCAUAGAAUGGUUUGUAUUCUAAGAUUUUUCACGCGAGCAUGAUUGGACAAGCGGUUGAUGCCCAGAAAUUGGCACGAGGAUUCAACAGAAUGAAGUGUUUCGCCCCCCCCCAAAAAAUACCGAAGCUGAGAUGAAAUGACUCACGGUCAUUUCAAUGCAUCAGCAUUAGGAGAAGUGAUCUGAACCGACAUCCAUUCUGCAGAAAAUGAAGUACCAAACCAGUAAAAAAGGAGAUUGGACCCAGAAAGGGUAAAGAUCCAUCUGCCGUGUACCUUUCUUUUCAAUACGAGAAAAUGAAAAAGUUGAUGAACUGGGGUCAUCAUUGCAGCAGGUAAAUCCAACUCACACCGGAAAUGAGCUUUAAGCAAUUUUGCCUUUUGUUUAGUCCAAUUCUUUAGUGCAUAUCAUUCACUGGCAAUGAUUACUAUCCCCCCAAAAGCAAUGCAGCAAUCGCACACGCACAAUCUAGGUCGAUUUCUCAAAGCGAAAGACCAUGGAGCAUAAGGCCAAUCUGUCACCACCUUUCCCUCCCCAAAAAAGCGCACCUCACACCUGCACUCCUCACUUGACUUUUUAGAGCAACAGCCAUCAUGGACACUCGAUUAAAAAGUCUCACCGCCAUCAUCAAAGUCAUCACUCCUCAUCACCAAACGCCCUUCUUCAUUGCAAAAACACACUCGACGCCAGGAAGGCUCCACAGACUCGAAAGUGCAAAUGCAAGAAGGAGAACCUUCGGAUUAGAGGACAGGGGUUGGCGGGUUCGGAUGUAGGAGAGAUGGGUGUGAUAACAGUUGGAGUCGCCGAGUUGAAGCCGAGCGUUUCAGGGAGGCGGUCGCUUCGUCCGAGUUCGAGCGUCAGGCAGGCCAUUGAAUGGCCGAUAUCUGAUGUCUCCAGUGAUCUCGCCGUUGAAGUAGGGGCAACAACCUUCGCGCUUCACAAGUUUCCUCUUGUUUCGAGGAGCGGUCGGAUUCUGAAACUGUUUGUGGACACAAAAGAAUCAAAAGCCUCACGGAUUUGUCUCCGGGAUGUCCCAGGUGGUCCGCAGGCAUUCGAGAUAGCUGCCAAGUUCUGUUAUGGCAUAAACAUAGACAUUUCGUUGUCCAAUGUCGCAACGCUUCGCUGCGUAGCUCAUUACCUGGAGAUGACGGAGGAAUUGGCUGAGAAAAACCUGGCAUUCCGUACUGAAGCUUACAUCAAGGACAUGGUGCUACCGAACAUUUCUAUCUCAAUCACCGUGCUUCAUCAAUGCCAAAACCUGUUGCCCAUCUCUGAAGAGAUCAACCUGGUCAGUAGGCUGAUCAAUGCCAUAGCGAACAACGCUUGCAAAGAGCAGCUCACGUCGGGCUUAUCCAAGCUUGACCGCAAUUUUUCAGCAAAGCCCAUCGAGGAUGUGGAACCGGAGACGCCUGCGGAUUGGUGGGGAAAAUCGCUUUCAGUGCUAAGUCUUGAUUUCUUCCAGCGAGUUCUAACGGCAGUCAAGUCGAAGGGGCUAAAGCAGGACAUGGUCAGCAAAAUUUUGGUGAACUAUGCCCAUAAUUCUCUUCAGGGCCUCAGCCUUAGAGAUCCACAUUCUGCAAAAGCGAGUUAUUCGGACUUGGAAUCACAGAAGAAGCAGAGGGUGAUCGUGGAAACAAUAGUCAGCUUGCUCCCGACGCAGUCGAGGAAGAGCCCCGUCCCGUUGGUAUUUCUCUCGAGCUUGCUGAAAAUUGCCUUUGGAGCAUCCACGUCCACUUCUUGCAGAUCCGAUCUGGAGAGGCGGAUCGGCUUGCAGUUGGACCAGGCCAUUCUCGAGGACAUCCUCAUCCCCGCGAAUUCACACGGGAAUGGGCAAAGCCUAAUUUACGACACAGAGUCAAUCUUGAGGAUAUUUUCCACUUUCUUGAACUUGGACGAGGACGAUGAUGACGAGGACAAUCAGCUGAGGGAUGAAAACGAGAUGGUUUGCGACUUCGAGAGUCCUGGAUCCCCGAAGCACAGCUCGCUUCUCAAGGUCUCGAAGUUGUUAGACAGCUAUCUUGCGGAGGUUGCGCUUGAUCCCAACUUGUCGCCGGCCAAGUUCAUAGCGCUCACCGAACUGCUUCCUGACCACGCCCGUGUAGCAAAUGAUGGACUCUACAGAGCUGUCGAUAUCUUCCUCAAGGCUCAUCCGAACAUCAAGGACACGGAGCGAUACCGGCUGUGCAAGACUGUCAACUGCCAGAAACUGUCGCAGGAAGCCUGCAGCCACGCGGCGCAGAACGAGAGGCUGCCCGUGCAGAUGGCGGUCCAAGUCCUGUACUUCGAGCAGAUCAGGCUGAAGAGCGCGAUGGGUGGGGCGGGCGGGCCGCCCCACCACCACAGCCAGUUCUUCCUCGGCUCGUCCGCCAGCAUUGGCGGCGGGGCCGGCCCGUUCCCGCACCGCUCGGGGAGCGGGGCAGGCGGGAGUGGGGCCAUCUCGCCGCGGGACAACUACGCUUCAGUGAGGCGGGAGAACCGGGAGCUGAAGCUGGAGGUGGCCAGGAUGAGGAUGCGGCUGACGGACCUGGAGAAGGACCACGUGUCGAUGAAGCAGGAGCUCGGGAGGCCGCACCCGGCGAGCAGGCUGCUGAGGUCGUUCACCAGGAAGCUGGGCAAGCUCAACGGGCUGUUCCGGAUGAGCUCUGCGAGGCCGCAGGGGAGCAAGGCGAACUCGGAAACCGGCUUCUUGUUCCAGAGCCACAAGCGAAGGAACUACUCAUUUUCUUGAACCACCAUGUAUAUGUUCGAGCAUGCCUCGUCUCUUCUUAAUCUUAUUGGGUUUUAGCUUCAAGUGUAUAGCUUCUACUGUAUCAUUGUAUCUCAUCGGGGUUGGUCGAUGGACAAACUGCCACUACUGCCAGGCAAAUGUUAAACUCUGUAUCAUCGUCGUCCCCGCU